UCUAUACCGUCCUGUAUAUAACCACCGUGCUUCCUCCUGCUUGUCCUCGUCUCUCUCCCAUCAAGCAACAUCCCUAGCACCUUUCUUUACGACCUCAUCAUUCAGAGAUUGUGGUCUUCACUUGUCAUUGAGACCAGCAACUAUGGCAGGACCCACCACCUUCGAGCUGGCCGGUCGCCAAUUUCCAGCAAAGACAUGGUACAAAGACCCUGCCUUGAGGAAGACCUACAUCGUCCUCAUGUUUGUGGUCCUUACCAGUGCCACCAACGGUUAUGAUGGCUCCAUGAUGAACGGUCUCCAAACUCUUACUCCCUGGCAAAACUACUUCGACCACCCAACGGGCGGCAGGAUCGGCAUUCUGAACGCUAUCAUGGCUAUUGGCUCUCUCUGCGCCAUCCCCUUCGUCCCCUACACUGCAGAUAUCCUUGGUCGCCGCAUGGGUAUCCUUAUUGGCUGUAUCAUCAUGUUGAUCGGUGUCGUCUUGCAAUCCAUUGCUGCCGGAUUUGGCAUGUUCUUGGGUGCUAGAUUCAUGAUCGGUUUCGGUGUUGCCAUCGCCCACGGAUCUUCACCUCUUCUCAUUACGGAGUUGGUGCAUCCUCAGCACCGUGCAGUCUUCACAACCAUUUACAACACGACCUGGUACGCUGGAUCUAUCGUUGCAGCCUGGUUGACCUACGGAACGGAUCAUAUCAGCAACAACUGGGCGUGGCGUAUCCCCACCAUUGUCCAGGCUUUCCCCAGUUUGCUUCAGAUCGCCUUUAUCUGGUUCGUGCCUGAGUCGCCCAGAUGGCUUAUAGCCCACGGCAAGGAGGAGAAGGGUCUCAAGGUUCUUGGUGACGUUCACGCCAAUGGCAACAUCAACGAUGAAUUGGUUCAGCUCGAGUACGUCGAGAUCCGUGACACCAUCCGACUCGAGAAGGAACUCGAAUCCAACGGCUGGCUCGAGCUCUUCAAGACUAAGGGCAACCGUCGCCGACUCAUCAUCUUGUUGACGGCAGGUCUCUUCUCUCAAUGGUCUGGAAACGGCCUCGUUUCAUACUACCUCAGCAAGGUUCUCGACCAAAUCGGCUACACCGACACGCUGACGCAGAACUUGAUCAACGGUGUCCUACAGAUCUUCAACCUCUUCAUCGCCGUCCUUUCCUGCUUCUUCGUCGACAGGAUCGGCCGUCGCAAGCUCUUCCUUUUCUCCACCACUGGCAUGUUGUGCACUUUCAUCGCCUGGACAAUCUGCUCGGCUAGAUUCACAAUUAGUGGGAGCCGAGGAGCGGCCAACGCUGUGGUCGGGUUCAUUUAUAUCUACUACUUCUUCUACAACUGGGCUUGGUCCGGCAUGCUUGUCGGCUACACUGUCGAGAUUCUUCCAUACAACAUCCGUGCCAAGGGUAUGACUGUCAUGUUCCUCAUGGUUGAUGCUGCUCUCUUCUUCAACCAGUACGUCAACCCCAUCGCUCUCGACCACCUCGGCUGGAAAUACUACAUCUUCUACUGCGUCUGGCUCGCAGUCGAGCUUGCUGUCGUCUACUUCUUCUACGUCGAGACCAGGAACACUCCUCUUGAGGAGAUUGCCAAGCACUUUGAUGGAGACGACGCUCUCCUUGCUGGUGGUGCUGCCACCCAUAAGGGUCUUGCGAUGGCCACCGAGAUGGGUAUGGAGGCCACUGUUGCCCAUGCUACCGAUGAGAAGAGGGCUGGUGGUGGUGUUGAGGUCGAGAAUGUUCAACGAACUGGCUCGCUCUAAGUGCAUAUGCCAUCCCAUAGGUUCUGGUAUGUAAAUGAAGGAAGUGUCUGCGUCUGGAACUUCCAGGAUCGCGGUUUGUUGUGGAAGACGUGGCAAAUUUGGUGGAAAUGUAAUUUGAGUAUCACAGGAUCAGGAGUCAGCAUGCGAAGGUAGAUAUCCAACGUUGAAGCAUGGAAUGUGUUUCUUAAACUCCCUACUUGAGCUCCCUACGACCCUUUUUGUGCAAUAGUACGGUAAUCUUGCGAAAGAAAGUGCGUCUCCAUACGUCGUGCUGUGCGUCUUUAUGAUGCAUGAGAGCAUUGUGAUGACAAAGAAUUCUUU